CCGCCCUACUUUAAGACGGAGCCGGUACGGAGCCAGUUGCACCUGGAGCGUAACAGGCUGGUGUUGACAUGUAUGGCGGAGGGGAGCUGGCCCCUGGAGUUCAAAUGGAUCCAUAAUGGCACUGAGCUCACACGGUUCUCAUUGGAGUACAGGUACCUGAUUCCCUCCCUGGACCGUUCCCAUGCUGGCUUCUACCGAUGUAUCGUCAGGAACCGUGUAGGAGCCUUACUACAGAGGAGGACUGAAGUACAGGUGGCAUUUAUGGGCAGUUUUGAAGAGGGUGAGCGUGCCCAGUCGGUCUCUCAGGGGGAGGGGGCGGUUGUUCCCGCUCCACGCAUCAGGAGCUUUCCCCAGCCGCAGGUCACAUGGUUCAGAGACGGACGCAAGAUUCCGCCCAGCAGCCGCAUAGCCAUUACCCUGGACAACACUCUGGUCAUCCUGUCCACGGUGGCCCCCGAUGCUGGACGCUACUACGUACAGGCGGUCAACGACAAGAACGGGGAAAACAAGACCAGCCAACCCAUCACCCUGUCUGUUGACAAUGUGGGUGGUCCUGCUGACCCUAUCGCCCCCACCAUAAUCAUCCCCCCCAGGAACACCAGUGUAGUGUCAGGCACUUCUGAAGUCACCAUGGAGUGUGUCGCCAACGCCAGACCCCUGAUCAAACUCAGCAUCACAUGGAGGAAGAACAGGGUUCUGGUCACCAGUGGUCUGAGUGACUUCAACCGCAGACUGACCAUUAUCAGCCCUGUGGUCAGUGACUCAGGGUUCUAUGAGUGUGAGGUGGUCCUCCGCAGCAGCAGUGUGCCUUCUGUCAACGCUGGGGCCUACCUACAUGUUCAAGAGCCUCCCCAGUUUGUGAAGGAACCAGAGAAACACAUCACUGCUGAGAUGGAGAAAGUGGUGGAUAUCCCCUGCCAGGCACGAGGUGUGCCUCAGCCAGACAUUGUGUGGUAUAAGGACGCGGUGCCCAUCAGUCCGGUGAAGACCCCCAGGUACAGGGUGUUGGUGGGGGGCAGUCUGCAGGUCAAUGGCCUUCUGCCCGACGACACAGGAAUGUUCCAGUGUUUCGCCCGGAACCUAGCUGGAGAGGUGCAGACCAACACCUACCUGGCUGUCACUAGCAUCGCCCCUAAUAUCACAGCUGGGCCAUCCGACAGUACAGUGAUUGACGGCAUGUCAAUCAUCCUCCACUGUGAAACAUCAGGAGCUCCCAGACCGGCCAUCACCUGGCAGAAAGGUGAGCGUGUCCUAGCCAGUGGUUCUGUCCAGCUGCCCAGGUUCACCCUGCUGGAGUCAGGCAGCCUGCUCAUCUCUCCUUCCCACUUAUCAGACGCUGGCACGUAUACCUGCAUGGCCAGCAACUCUCGGGGCAUAGACGAGGCUGCUGCUGACCUGUUGGUGUGGGCUCGUACACGUAUCAACACCCCCCCUCAGGACCAGAGUGUCAUCAAAGGCACCAAGGCCACCAUGACCUGUGGAGUUACACACGACCCCAGUGUCACCGUUAGGUAUGUUUGGGAAAAGGAGGGAUCGGUCAUCAACGCCCAGUCUAUCCCCCGUAUCCGUCUGGACCCUGAUGGUACCCUUCACAUCUCCCAGACCUGGUCAGGUGACAUCGGGACCUACACCUGCAGGGUCACCUCCGUAGGGGGCAACGACUCACGCAGCGCACACCUCCGAGUCAGGCAGCUGCCCUAUGCUCCAGAGAACCCUGUGUCUCUGCUGAGCUCCUCAGAGAAGAGGGCCAUCAACCUGACAUGGGCCAAACCCUUUGACGGGAACAGCCCCCUAAUUCACUACGUCCUGGAGGUCUCCGAGAACAACGCUCCCUGGGCUAUCCUCCUGGCCAACAUAGAGCCUGAGUCGACCGCGGUGACAGUCAGUGGGCUCAUCCCAGCACGCUCCUACCAGUUCCGCCUGUGUGCCGUCAAUGACGUGGGAAAGGGCCAGUUCAGCAAGGAGACUGACCGUGUAUCUCUACCAGAGGAACCUCCCAGUGCUCCUCCCCAGAACGUGAUCGCCAGCGGCCGCACCAACCAGUCCAUCAUGAUCCAGUGGCAGCCCCCACCAGAGAGCCACCAGAACGGGAUCCUCAGAGGCUACAGCGUCCGGUACCGUCUGACAGGUCUUCCAGUGGACUACCAGAGUAAGAACAUCUCCAAACCAGACGUGACCAACCUUCUCCUGGAAGAUCUUAUCAUCUGGACCAAUUAUGAGAUUGAAGUGGCAGCCUACAAUUGGGCGGGGCUAGGAACCUUCAGCCACAAGGUCACUGAGUGGACGUUGCAGGGAGUGCCGACUAUAGCCCCCAGUAACGUUCAGGCAGAGGCUGUCAACUCCACAACCAUCCGUAUCACCUGGGCCGCCCCUAACCCUCAGUUCAUCAACGGGAUCAACCAGGGAUACAAGCUGUUGGCAUGGGAGCCAGGUCAGGAAGAGGAGGUCACCAUGGUUACAGUGAGACCUAACUUCCAGGAUAGCGUGCAUGUGGGCUACGUGACAGGGCUGAAGAAGUUCAGAGAGUACUACACCUCUGUGCUUUGUUUCACUACGCCAGGGGAUGGACCCCGCAGCCCUGCUAAAGGCCUUAGGACACAUGAAGACACUCCUGGGGCUGUGGGUCACCUGAGCUUCACAGAUAUCCUAGACACGUCUCUCAAAGUGAGCUGGAGAGAACCUGGAGAGAAGAAUGGAGUCCUCACAGGCUACCGUAUCUCGUGGGAGGAGUUUAACCGCACCAACACACGGGUGACCCACUACCUCCCCAACGUGACCCUGGAGUACCGCGUCACGGGGCUGACCGCCCUCACCACCUACACCAUCGAGGUGGCCGGCAUGACCUCCAAGGGCCAGGGACAACUGUCCUCCUCCACCAUCUCUUCUGGAGUGCCUCCAGAGCUGCCUGGUCCUCCCACCAACAUGGCCAUCUCCAACAUCGGCCCUCGAUCCAUCACCCUCCAGUUCAAACCUGGCUAUGAUGGAAAGACCUCCAUCUCUCGCUGGCAGGUAGAGGCCCAGGUCAGUGUGAUAGGAGACAAUGAAGACUGGGUGAUUGUUCACCAGCUGCCCAACGAGCCUGAUGCCCGCUCCAUGGAGGUGCCAGGACUCAACCCAUACACUUUCUACAGGUUCCGUAUGCGUCAGGUAAACAUUGUGGGAACCAGUCCUCCAAGUCAGCCCUCCAGAAAGAUCCAGACCUUGCAGGCCCCUCCAGACAUGUCCCCCGCAAACGUCACCCUGCGCACGGCCAGCGAGACCAGUCUGUGGCUUCGAUGGGUGCCCCUACCAGAGUGGGAGUACAAUGGGAACCCAGAUCUGUUGGGCUACCGGCUCCAGUACUCCCGUACAGGCUCCCAGGGCAAGGCGCUGACCCAUGUGAUAGCUGACCGGCUGGAGAGGGAGUUCACUAUCGAGGACCUGGAGGAGUGGACAGAGUAUGAGGUCAGGGUUCAGGCUCUCAACGGUAUCGGGGCCGGGCCCUGGAGCCAGCCAGUCAGAGGGAGGACCAGGGAGUCUGUCCCUUCCUGUGGCCCUACCAACAUGUCAGCCUUCGCCACCACCUCCAGCAGUAUCCUGGUGCGCUGGUUUGAAGUACCAGAACAAGAUCGGAAUGGACUUAUCUUGGGCUACAAGGUGUUGUAUAAGGAGAAGGACUCUGACUCGUCCCUCCAGUUGUGGACAAUAGAGGGGAACGCCAGCCACAGUGUCCAGCUGACUGGUCUGGGGAAAUACGUUCUUUAUGAGAUCCAGGUCCUGGCCUUCACCCGCAUCGGAGACGGCAUGCCCAGCUCACCACUCAUACUGGAGAGGACCCUGGACGACGUGCCCGGCCCUCCAGUGGGCAUCCUGUUCCCUGAGGUCCGGACCACCUCGGUGCGUCUCAUCUGGCAGUCCCCGUCUCAGCCAAAUGGCAUUAUCCUGGCCUAUCAGAUCACGUACCGUUUGAACUCGAGCAAUAGCAACACGGCCACAGUGGACGUGCUGAACCCGAGUGCUCGUCAGUACAUGGUGACGGGCCUGAAAAGAGAUUCAAUGUAUGUGUUCCGCAUCACAGCCCAGACACGCAAGGGCUGGGGAGAGGCCGCAGAGGCACUGGUGGUCACCACCGAGAAGAGAGCUCGCCCCCAGCCCACCAAUCGUCCCAUGGUGCCCCAGAAGAAUGUUCAGGCCCGCAGUGUGUUGUUGUCAUGGGAACCAGGCAGCGACGGCCUCUCUCCGGUCCGCUACUACACCGUGCAGCUGAGAGAACUGCCCGACAGCAACUGGACUAUCCACUCUGCCUCGGUCACCCACGAGGCCAGCUCCUACAUAGUUGGCAGGCUGAAGCCCUUCACCUCCUACCAGUUUAGAGUGAAAGCCACCAACGACAUAGGAGACAGUGAAUACAGCGAGGAGAGUGAAGCUAUCACUACACUACAGGACGCCCCUGACGAAGCCCCCACAAUCCUCUCUGUCACGCCACACACAACUACAUCCGUGCUGAUUCGCUGGCAGCCCCCGUCUGAGGAGAAGAUUAACGGUAUCCUCCUGGGCUUCCGGAUACGGUACCGGGAGCUCCUGUACGACCAUCUCCGCAGUUUCUCCGUACGCACUGCCAACAGCCCCUCUGCUACCUGGGCCGAGCUCACCUCCCCCUACAGCGUGCGAAACCUGAGCGAGUCCUCUCUCACCCAGUAUGAGCUGGAUAACCUGAGCAAACACAAGCGCUAUGAGAUCAGGAUGAGUGUUUAUAAUGUCGUGGGGGAGGGACCAACUAGCACACCACAGGAAGUGUUUGUCGGAGAGGCAGUACCCACUGCCCCACCCCAGAACGUGGCCAUCCAAACAGCAACGGCCACCCAGCUGGAUGUGACGUGGGAGUCUCCUCCAUUGGACACUCAGAACGGAGACAUCCAGGGCUACAAGGUGUACUUCUGGGAGUUCCAGCGUAAGAACGAGACAGAGAGGCUGCGGACCCUGUUCUUGCCAGAGGGAGGGGUCAAGCUGAAGAACUUGACUGGAUACACCACCUACAUGAUAAGUGUGGCCCCCUUCAACGCAGCUGGGGACGGGCCCCGGAGCCCCCCGACCAGGGGCCGCACACAGCAGGCUGCCCCCAGCGCUCCCAGCUUCAUCCACUUCAGUGAGCUGACCACUACUUCAGUCAACGUGUCCUGGGGCGAGCCCACCUACCCCAACGGCAUCCUGGAGGGCUACCGGCUGGUCUACGAGCCCUGCACCCCUGUGGACGGCGUCAGUAAGAUAGUGACGGUGGACGUCAAAGGGGCCCCGUUCUGGAUGAAGAUUAAGGAUCUGGCUGACGGGGUUACCUACAACUUCAGGAUCCGGGCCAAGACGUUCACCUAUGGGCCUGAGGUGGAGGCUAACAUCACCAUGGGGCCUGGGGAAGGAGCCCCCGGCCCCCCUGGAGAGCCCUUCAUCUCUCGCUAUGGCUCAGCUCUGACUAUCCACUGGGCUAACGGUGACCCCGGGAGGUCGCCUAUCACACGCUACGUCAUCGAGGCCAGACCCUCAGAUGAAGGCUUGUGGGAUAUCUUGAUCAAGGACAUCCCAAAGGAAGUGACGUCAUACACCUUCAACAUGGACAUUCUGAAGCAAGGAGUUAGUUAUGACUUCCGGGUCAUUGGAGUGAAUGACUACGGCUACGGAUCUCCUAGUCCACCCUCAGCCUCCAUAUCUGCCAAAAAGGUGGCGCCGUUCUAUGAGGAGUGGUGGUUCCUUGUGGUGGUGGCUCUCGUGGGACUCAUCUUCAUCCUCCUACUGGUCUUCAUCCUUAUCAUCAGAGGACAGAGCAAGAAGUACGCCAAGAAGUCUGAAUCAGGGAACAACUCUAACUGUAAUGCCCUGACCCAUGGAGAUAUGGUCAGCCUGGACGAGGGACGCUUCCCCGCCCUGGAACUCAACAACCGCCGGCUGUCCGUCAAGAACUCCUUCUGCCGUAAGAACGGCGUCUACACCAGGUCUCCUCCUCGGCCCAGCCCAGGCAGUCUUAACUACUCUGAUGAGGAUUUGAGCACCACCAAGUACAACGAUCUGAUCCCGGCUGAGAGCAGCAGCCUGACCGAGAAACCAUCUGAGAUAUCAGACUCUCAGGGCAGUGACAGUGAGUACGAGGUGGACCAGAACAGACAGAAGACCCACUCUUUCGUGAGCCACUACAUCAGUGACCCAACCUACUACAACUCCUGGCGCCGCCAACAGAAGGGCAUUUCCCGGGCUCAAGCCUACAGCUACACUGAGUCAGAGUCAGGCGACCCAGAGCCCUGCGCCCCGCCACCACCCCUGCCCCCAUUGCCACCCCAGCUCACCUCCACCACCCCUCCGCUUAAGCUCCAGACCCAGGGUCAACCUCAGGGCCUCCCACCCCAGGGCCAGGGUAGUCUCUUCAGGCCGAAAGGCAGUCGGACUCCGACCCCCUCUCAGCAGCUCUCCACCUCCACCCCUUCCAGCCACUCCAACACCCUGUCCUACUGGCCCCCCAGCAGCCCCAGCCCGGCCCCUGGAUCUCGGGCCCCAAUUGCCGGGUUCUCUUCCUUCGUUUGA